AUGGUAGAAGAAGAAGAAGUUCACCAAUCCUAUCACUGGUCAACACAAAAAAAGAAACCCAUGGAGAUUGACAUUCCUGAUGAAAGUAAUGAAAGUGGCACAGGGAUAAAGGAAAAUGGGUUUCAUCUUUAUCCAGUUUCUGUUCAUGACUCAGGUGAAGGUUUGCCAUAUGCUCCCAUUGAUUGGCCUAAUCCUGGUGAUAACUGGAGUUGGAGGGUGGGAAAGAGGGUUGCAGUUUCUGGAUACUUUUUGGAUAGAUACCUUUAUCUUCCCAGCCGUUUUCAGCAGACAUCACGUAAGAGAAGCGGUUUUGCAAGCAAGCUUUCGGUUGAACAAUAUAUCCGUGCCGAAUUCCCUGGUGCAGACAUAGAUGCAUUUUUCGCAUCAUUCAGUUGGAAGAUCCCCUCGAAAAAACCGUCAGAGAUAAAAGGUAAUGAAGAUGAGCUUGGAACUGUCAAAGUACUUUCCGAGAAGAUAACAGAACAUUCUGGUUCAGAUUCUCAGUUCGGAACUGGGGGUUGUAAGGCUGGUAACAAAAUGUGCAGCAGUCUUGUAGAAUUGGGGAAUCCCUCGUCAGAAGUCAUGGUCUGCAAUAUUUGCUGCAGUGAACCUGGAUUUUGUCGCGAUUGUUGUUGUAUUCUCUGUUCUAGGACUAUUAAUUGGGACUAUGGAGGUUACAGUUUCAUUAAAUGUGAGGGAAUGAUAGGUGAAGGCUUUAUUUGUGGACACAUUGCGCACAUAGAAUGUGGUCUCCGGUCUUAUAUGGCUGGAACAGUAGGAGGAAGCAUUGGUUUGGAUGCUGAGUAUUAUUGCCGGCGGUGUGAUACGAGAACAGAUCUGGUUUCACAUGUUUCAAAGCUUUUACAGACCUGUCAAUCUAUUGAAUCUCGGGAUGAAAUCGAGAAAAUACUAAGUAUCGGAGUUUGCAUUUUGCGUGGAUCACAGAAAACAAGUGCAAUGAUGUUGCUGCAUCGGAUUGAAUUGGCCAUGGCUAAGCUUAAGAGAGGGAUGCAUCUUGAAGAUCUUUGGAAAAUGGAAGACAUCACUGCUGUUACUGCAGCAACAUUGCCCUCCUCUGCAGCUAAGAAAAGGCUUACUUUUCUCGAAGAACAAGUUUGGAGUGAUCCCCUUUUAGUUGAGGACCUGCUCUCUUCAUCCAAUCUUAAGGAAAUCGCCUCCAGCGCUGCAGCUGCUGAUCUCAUGGAUUUGUCACUCCCUUCAUUUGACAGUUUUCCUUUGACCGACGAGGAGAAAAAGAGAGCUGAAGCUCUCAAAAGGAAAGCAACAGAGGAUCAGCCCCUUGCAGUUAGUCGUUUUACUGAGCAAGAGAAGGAUGUUGAAGAACCCCCUCUGAAGAAGAAAGUUAAACAAAUCCCUUCUUCAACAAGUAAGGGCAAGGGUGUUAACCCCUCAAAAAGCAAGGGGAAGAAAGCUAAUGAAGACGACCCCGAGGAAGAGAUUAGGGCUUACGUCCUAGCAGAGGCUAGAGAACCUUGGAGACCCACUUUCUCCAGAGCUGAUAAGUCGGUUCUUCAUUCCGGAGACUCUGUAGUCACUGACCCCUCUGCUGCUUUGGCAAUAGCUCGGGGGAUGUGGCUACCCAAAGAUGAGGAAAUUAUUGGCAACAUGGGGCUGGACCAGCUGCUUCCUUCUGCCCCCGUUCACGCUAUGGAGAACAUGUACCACACCAUGGCCCUGUGUGCCACUGCUGAAGCUCAGUCAAUUUUCAUCCGGAAAAUGGAGAAGGAACUGGAUGCUGCUGAGAAGAAACUCUCCCAUGCGCUCACGGAUGUGAAGAUGGCUUAUGAUGCCAGAGAUGUAUAUAAAAGUCGACUUGCAUCUGCUGAGGCUAAGGUGAAGGAGCUGGAGGCUGAGAACCUUCGGUGGAGGGAUGCGGUGAAUACUUGCACAACCGCUGGAAAGCAGAUGCAGGGGCGCUACUCCUCCUUAGUGCGCCUAUCAAGUGCGAGGGCCUUCCGGUUCGGCUUUAACCAAGGCUCAGGCGAUAAAUUGAAGGACCCAGAUGCUUUUGACGUGGAUAUGGAGGUGUCCUUCCCUUAUGCUGAGGGUCCGAAAGCCCAAGAAGCUGAGGUGUUGUUCGCUGAGAUGGUGAAGUCUCAUCAAGGGGAUCCUCCAACUUCGACUUCCUCAGUUCCACCGGCUCCAAGCCCCUUAGUUCCUUCAGCCUCAAACCCUUCAACCCCUCCAGACACAGCUUCGAACCCAAAUGUAGUUGAUGUUUUUGACUCUGCUCCUUUUGAUCCAAAAAGGAAGUAGAGUUGUGUAAUAUUUAUUUUGAAACAAUGUAUUUCUUGCUAAUGGAUUGUAAUUGUUAAACUUAUUUUGGGACAAUUUGCAUAUCCUUGAAUGCUU